GGAGCCGAGCCAUCGACGCAUCCUUGUUGUGGCCUUGUUUGGUCACCCAAUUUCCCUUCAGCAACAACCACAGCAGUGACCAUCCCAUACAACAAUGUCCAUCGCACCCAUCACUGGAAAAAUCAGAAAAAGGCUCUGGCUUGAUCUCUCCGUGGGCCUGGGUCUCGGUGUUUCCUCUGCUUAUGCUUUCUGGUAUGGCAUACAUUUGAAAUCUGUGCAACGCCAGGAGGAAUUCUACCUCAGACUCGAGCGCGCCAGACGGUUGGGCCAGGCAUAGAGUGGGAGAUGCUGAUGUUGCUGCUUCGGUCAUAGAGCAAUUCGAAUUAUCCAUCGCCACGCCAUAACAUGGGAGCUACGUGUAAAAAAUGGCUGUAAUACACAUAAUGGCAUUAUCUCCGCAGAAAUGUCCAUGUCAUCACACUUAUAACACGGAGAGAUAUUAUAAAUAUUCAUCUCUACAAAUGAGCCAUCUUUGACUUAAUUCACUUCAAAAAUUUAAUCCAGAUAAACUC